AUGAUUGCUUUCCAGCAGAAGAUUUUAAACUCGAUCAAGUGUUUCAGAAAGCAAUGGCCCUUGUUUUCAAACUCGGAAAGGACUACUGUAUGUGGAGCAGAUUGUAUGCUGAUGGUAUUGCAACUGUCAAUGGCUGAAGUCAAUAAACAGCACCAUGGAGAUUUCACAGUAUCACUUAGUGAUGUGGUGGAAACUUGGAAAUAUUUGCUACAUGACAAACUGGGAUUAUCACCUGACAUGGAAGAACCUGAAAAUUACGCUGACCAAAAGAAAGCUUACCAUACCUUCUUAGCAAACAGCAAUAUGUUAGAUGUAAUAGACAUAUGCCAGAAGUGUUAUGAACUUGCACUUGUGACUGAAAAUGAAAGCAUAGCCCCUGUUCAGCUAUUGGAAUUUAUUUCUGGCAUAAUGAAUGUACCAGAAAAUAAUGGUUCAGAUACAUCUACUCCUUCUACAUCAGUCAACAGACAGGACCAGGAGAAUGUGAAGAUGACGCUCUUGGCAAGGAAGCUUGUUUAUUCAUAUUUAAGCUUGCUGGUGAAUUCUAAGAAUGAUCUUGCAUUGGCUCAUAUUCUAAAUGUUCCUGAUAGAGGACUUGGUAGAGAAGCCUUCACUAACCUAAAGCACGCUUCACAGAAGAGAAAAAUGUCCAUUUUUCUGAUGGCAACAUCUUUUAUCCGAACUGUAGAACUUGGAGGAAAAGGCUAUGCAACUUCAUUAUUUGAUCCUCUAAGAGGCCAUAUAAAGGGGCUUACAAACUUUGUUAAUUUUAUUGACAAGUUGGAAGAAAUUGUUGGUGAAGUCUUGGAUCCAAGAAUCGCAGGGGGGCGAAUUCUGUCAACAGUGAAGAUGCAUUUGAUAAAAGGCCGAAGCAAUGGGGAUCCUUUCUGUCGAGCAGUAGAGGAAGUUGUACAAGAUUGGGAUUUGAAGAUUAAAAAUAUUAUCGAUUCACAACAUGACGUCUUGACUGCCAGCACCACUGGAUUUAGUCCAGCACGGCCAAAAUUACAUUCCAUAAACCAUGGCACUGUAUAUUGUGGCAGAGAUACGGUAAAGGUCUUGCUAGUCCUUCUGGAUGAAGAAGCUGCCAAUCCUCCUACCCAAAAUAAAGCAGAACUAUUAUAUGGUGAUGAAAACUUAACUUUGUUUGGAAUUACCUCUGUUUUAACACUCUUCAGAUCUCCAUUACAAUCCAGGGGAUCAUCUCCAAAACCUCAUAGACAGCGUAUUCAGGAAUCUAUGGAUGAAAAAAAAAUUAAGAUGAAGCAACCUUCAAUCAAAUCCCAGUUUGCAUGUACAUAUAAAGAUGGGUUGAGUGAAAGGAAGUGUCAGCACUUCUUCAAAAGUAGCAUGCAUCCUGCACCAAAGCAGCUUUUAAAAGAUGAAUGUCUCACAGAAGGUAUGAAUUCGUGUCUUGACAUACCAGCGCUUGGAACUAUUUCUGAAAAUGUUCACCGGAAUAGAAAUGAAACAGAAAUGGGAAAACUGAGUUGUCAACCGAGAAACAAAAACUCCAGGAAAGAACAGAUGAAUUUGAGUGAUGACAAAAUAAUCUGUGAUAAGGAAAGCGAGCUACCUCUGCCAAAAAAUGCCAAAAGACCUAAGGUUUCAAACAAUCCACAGAAGAAAUUGGACAGCAAAGUUGGGGCAGGAAAAAGCAGCAGAACUGCAAACAAGAAUAAAUUGAUUGCUGGUCAGGCAAAAUUAACUCACUUUUUUCGACUAUAAAUUGUUUUUAUUCUCAAAU